AUCACAAUCCACGAAGAUCUUGAUGCCCGACCUGUCAUCUCAACAUCAGGGUCGUCCUGCCUGAUGCUGUCUCAUUUUUUGUGUAAACGACGAAGUGUUGCCACCUGUUGCGGGGAUUGAUCAACGCCAUUGUGUCCUGGACUGAGAGAGGCAUCUAUUGAUUGAACGUUACGACGGGCUUAGCAUCAUUUCAGGUUCCGGUGACACCAGGCGCCCCCCACACUGCAGAGCAAGCACUGUCGUUGCUGGCAACUAUCCUUGGUGCAUGGCAUGGGAGAUGUGAACUUUGUCUCGAGCCAUGAGAUUGCGCCAACUGGAACAACAAGACGACUCUGCAGGACCAAGGACCUGUCUAUGAGUCACUGCUGGCCAUUAAUCAGUUUCUGUUGCAGGGUGGUAUUAUAUAUUAGGAGGUUGCGCACGAUUACGCCCCCGAAGUUGUCAUCUGACGACUCUCAAAGCUCAGCGAAGUCGGAAUGGAUGUCGUGAACGAUGCGCAACCUCUGUAAAUAACGGCAGUAUAAACGGAGAUGGUUAUACUAAAGUACUUGAAUGAGCGAAUUUCGUUUUUGACAUAUUGAAUUGGCUUGCCGGCUGGUGUAACAGAUGCGAUGUUAUGUUCGAAAAAGGUUUCGCUUUAAAGAUGUAAUUCGCGCCAGAAAGAUUCAAUUUCUUCAUCAACAUCAUCAUCAUCGUCAUCAGUCCUCCAGCUCUGAUGUCAAGGACAGUUUCUGGACUGAACUAUGGAAAUCGAGGACGAAAUAAACCCAUUGGUUUUCCCGAAUCGGAUAUCAGUGUGUAGUUAUACGCACAUGAGGAAGACGAAUUAAGGACGACAUGUCCCAAAAUGAGCGCAUUAUCUUUUACUAUUGGACAAACGACCGGAUCACCGGGCGUUACUACCCCGACAUGGUCCGCGAACGCUGACAACACACUUUGCAAUGUCAUUAAAGCCGUCCUCAUCAUCAUCAUCUUCGUGAUAUCAUCUUUGGGAAAUUCUACGGUGCUUUACAUCAUUUGUAAGAACUACCAAAUGAGAACUGUGACGAAUGCCCUGGUUGUAUCUCUGUCCGUCAGCGACCUGAUCACAACCUGGCUUUGUAUGCCCUUCACUGUCAUCUCUCUUAUAAUGGACCAAUGGCCCUUUGGAGAAAUAUUCUGCAUCAUCAAUGGAUUUUUGUCGUCAGUUUCAUGUAUUGGAUCCACUUUGAUGAUAACGCUGAUAUCUGUUGAUAGACUUAUUUCGGUUAUAAAAGCCCCCGGCGGUACGUUGACGGCCAGGCGGGCAGCUGUCUCCAUGUUUUUCGUCUGGCUGUGCGCAACAGUGUUUUCAUUGCCAUGGUAUUUGAUUGAGACAGCGGAAACAAAGCCAGUAAUUUAUAUGGAAGGGUACAAUCACUGCAUGUAUCUAUUUCACGUCAGGUCGUCCAAGUUUGGAUUGGUAUACACCUCCGUUACCAUUUCCAUGUGUUUUGGAAUACCAUGCAUCCUGAUGCUGUAUUGCUUUGGCGCAAUCUUUCGGACAAUUCGGACAAAUGACAAACAGAUCCGUCCUGCGUCAAGCCAAGCUCAAAGUCUCAUCUUCCAAAGCGAAAUGAGAACUGCUACAACUGUGCUAAUAAUGAUUGCCAUGGUUACCGUAUGUUGGCUGCCAUAUUUGAUAAUGGCCCUGCUAGAAGCUACCACAGACAUACUCAUGACUUCCACCACAGAUGCAAUCGCUCUGAUUGUGACAUGGACUAUUCGUGCAAUGAAUCCGUAUUUAUAUGCAGUUAGAAAUCCAAACGUCCAAGAAAUGCUCAAUAUCAAGCAAACGACGGGAUGCCGGUCGAAGAGCUUCACAAAUAUUCUGCCUGCCACGCCUCGGCCGGAGCCAGAACAAUAUGGCAACGUGGUCUCUGAGGAAAACGUGAAGCCUAGAUUCGACUGGACGAUAGUGAAACGGUCGCCGCUUUCCCCGAGAGCGUUGUUUUGCGGGGCGCGUAAAGGUUCGGAUGAGGACGCUCUACAGGUUGCAAGUACGGAUGGUACUUUAAGACAAUCAACUAGUUUAUGACGAC